CAAGGAACUGGCCCCAAAGAAGAGAGUUUUUAUGUAACACUCUUUAUUUGCUGAGAAAAUGAUGUUUUGAUAUUGAGCAUGGCAAAUAACCUAAAAAAAAAAAAAUUACAUAGCAAUCUAUAUGUGUUGAGAAGGUAGCAAUUUAAAUUUGUUUAAAGACCAGAAACUAUUUAAAAAGACAAAAAAAAACUUUUUUUUAACAAUCGUCUGCUGAUUCAAAUGUGGAUGUAAAGUUUCAUGUAAAAAAAUUCCUCCUGAGUAGCUCUUUUGCCCAAGGGAAUGAGUGUACAGUGUGCUCUGGCAGGAGUGUCUAUAUGCCUAAAUAUUGGUUAUGCCACAAGUUGAUAUAAUAACAACAUAUAUUUCACACAAAAUAAAAGUGUUUAUACUAUGCUCCUGGUAAAAAUGUACACUUGCUCCUUUGGUCAAAAGACCCCUGAUUUUGUUGAUAUUAAAUUUUGGAGUCUACUUUUAAAUAAGCAUUUAAAUAGUUUCAGAUGACAAUUAAUAGAUCGUAAUUUCUUAAACACGUAGAUCUAGCUGUCUUGGACUUGGAUAGUCUGACAUGAAUUGCAAUCCGCCACCAUUAAAUAGCUAUAGCUAGGGUUUUGCUCGAAGGAGUAUGUACAUUUUGCUCCUGCAAGAGCAUAAAACUUUUUCUCAAAAUAAUAUUAUUUGAACUGCAAUAUUUUUUUAUUUUUUAUUUUUAUUUCUUCUCGGUAGAUCAGUGAGGAUUACACGCCCCUGCCCAUUUUGAAAAGAUUCAAAAGUGUUAGUGAGAAUGACAGCCAUUACCUUUAACUGGACUUCAAGUGGUACUACCACCGCAUCCUUGCCCCAUUCUUUGGAAUACUUGUCUUUGGAGGGCUUUUCACACUUUGUCAUCAAUUGACUAAUUCCGGGUUUCAUUAAGUGAUUCACAUGCACUGUUACAUAAACACUAACACUAACCCACAUUUCACAUGCAUGAUAUUGACCCUUACCACACGCUUACCUUAUCACUCACCAUCCCAUAGUAAUCAUCUAGAAAAUGUUGUCCUUUCUAAUACCAACCUCAAUAAUUGCUCAAAUAUGAACCUUAAUUUUUGCAUCAUCCCCACUAUCCAACUAAAAAUCCAAUAGUCUCAUACUCUCUUUGCAAUCCACCACCACUAAAGUCGUUGAUGUAACAUGGAUGCUUUUUAUCAUUUUCCAUUUGUAAGAAAAACAAGGUAAAUAUCUUAUGUCAACAAAUGGUAUUAUCUGACAAAAUAGAAAAAAACACAUAGAAAAAACAUAGAAUUAAGAUAAAGUUUUGACGAGCAGGGGGCGCACAACAUGAAGAACGGGUUGAACCGAUGAGUCAGGUCCGGGUCCAUUUCAAAACUAACUGGAUCUAGUCGAGUCCAGGUCAUAAUCUGCCCAAAAUUAAUUAUGGUACUACUUUGUAUUGUAUAAUUCCGCUCUGCUACCUCAGGUUUAGGUCGGCCCAACCCAUUUGCAGCCCUUAACCCAAACUGACCAUAGAAGUUGACAUUAAAAACAGGAAGAAACAAGACAGAUUGUGCCAAGAUUUAUUUGGUAAAAGGAGAGGUACGUAUAAAGGGUACAUGCCUCCUUGAAUUAUCUGAAUGAAUAUUCAGUAAUGGACUCGGCCUUUUGGAUCAUCUUAUCCCUUCUCCUAUCAGGAGUGGCUCCUCUCAAAGAUAUCAACCACAAAACAUGCUCUUCAAAAUUUCAAGACCACCGGAAGAUCGAAAACUCCAGCGCACUGAUCCUUGACCUCCACCACGUGCAUGGGCCCUGCUCCCCCCUCAAUUACACCCCUCCACCCAUCUAUGAGACCCUUCGCCUCGACCAGGCCCGAGUACAUGCCCUCGCCGCCCGCAUCCUCCCUAAGGAGUCCAAAAUCUCACAAGCUUCGGCCGAAACCCCCCUAAAAUCUGGUCAAUCCAUUGGAGUUGGCAACUACAUCAUCGCCCUCAAUCUUGGCACGCCCCCAAAAUCAUACCUCAUGGUAGUUGAUACAGGGAGCGUGCUCACCUGGCUUCAGUGUCAGCCCUGCUUAGAUUGUCACUCGCAGUUAGGGCCGACCUACAACCCCAAAGCGUCAUCUACUUACUCCACCAUAUCAUGUCAGAGUAAUUACUGCACAGAAUUACAAGAAGCCACUCUGAACCCCUCUGGGUGCUCUGCGUUGGGUGUUUGUGAAUAUGAAGCCAGCUAUGGGGACCGAUCAUUCUCUUUGGGCUACUUAAGCAGGGAUACCUUAACCAUAGGCCGUAGCUUCCCGGGCUUUAUAUAUGGGUGUGGUGCACGCAAUGUGGGCCUGUUUGGACGUUCGGCAGGCCUAACAGGCUUGGGCCGACACCCCCUUUCCCUCGUGUCGCAGCUAGCCCCAACAUAUGGAUACAUAUUCUCAUACUGUCUCCCUACUCCCAAGUCCACCGGCUCGCUCACUCUGGGCCCAAGGUCGGCCGGAAACUCUUUUUACACCCCCAUGUAUAGUAUGUCUUCGGAACCCGGCCUCUAUUUCUUACACCUGAUAGGGAUAAAUGUAGAUGGGCAACCCCUCCCUGUGUCACAAACCGUAUAUACAUCCUCUCCGACGCUUUUGGACUCUGGAACAGUCAUCACCCGAUUGCCUGAGACCGUGUAUACAGCAUUGAAGAUGGUGGUGCUCAAGCGUAUGCCUUACGCAAGGGCACCAGCAUUCUCAAUACUGGACACAUGCUUCAAGGCGAGUACGGGGGCCUUGCGUGUGCCUGAGGUGGUGAUGGUGUAUGAGGGUCCAGCACAGAUGAGGCUUGGGAGUCGGAACGUGUUCAUUGAAGUAGAUAAGGGCAUUACCUGUCUUGCAUUUGCUGGGACGGGGACGACCGGCAACGGAGUUUCCAUUAUCGGGAACCAGCAGCAACAGGGCUUCGAUGUCACUUACGAUGUUGACGGGAAACGGAUAGGGUUUGCUGCAGGCCCGUGCGGGUGAUUGGCGGCCGAGUGAUGCUGUGUGCCCAAUCAGCACUGUGGAUGCACAAUCAGCACAACCAGAUCGGCAAUGUGGCCGGUUCUAGACAUCAAGGCUCCAUUUUUUUUUCUUUUCCUUUUCCUUUUCUUUUCUUUUCUUUUCUUAUGAUGUCAAGUGUGUCGGUACAAUUCCCAUGUGGCACACUCGCUAGCAAGCAUCAACCAUCUGGCUGAUAUGAUCGCAGGGUGGGGAUUUGAUCUUAAGGAAAAUUUACACAAAAGACUGGUGGCUUCACCAUGGUUGAACGGUGGAUGCUCACUACAUAGCCUAAUAGCAAAAGAAUGCUCCCUUCUGAGCACAUUGCACUUUUUAUUUUUCUUUUACUUGUGAUGAAGAAUGGGAAAUGUCAAUAACAAUGAUUGUUGUAAUUGUUGUGAAAGAGAGGUCAAGAGCUGUCUCUAUGUUUGCUUUGCUUAUGGAAUUUGAGGUAUAAACAGCUGUUUGGACAUUGA